AUGGCUUCAUCACUAAUCUCUUGUCCGCUUCUUUUUGUUAUAAGCUUCUUCACACUUGUUUCCAUGGCUGUGGCUCGUUCUAAUCUGAGUCAAAUCCCGCGAGACAUAUUGACUCAGCAAGAAGCAGACCGAGUUACCAGGCUUCCUGGUCAGCCUCCAGUGAAGUUCAAACAAUAUGCUGGGUAUGUUACAGUGAAUAAGAGCCAUGGAAGAGCACUGUUCUAUUGGUUCUUUGAAGCAACACGUAAGCCUGAGAAGAAACCUCUCCUUUUGUGGCUUAAUGGAGGUCCAGGAUGCUCUUCUAUUGGGUAUGGAGCAGCAGAAGAGCUUGGGCCAUUCCUGACGCAAAAGGGCACCCCAGAGCUCAGAUUCAAUAACCAAACAUGGAAUAAAGCUGCCAACUUAUUAUUCUUGGAAUCUCCUGUUGGGGUCGGAUUUUCUUAUACAAAUACCAGCAAGGAUUUAUAUGAACUUGGGGAUACAAUCACUGCGAAGGAUUCCUAUAUGUUUCUCAUCAACUGGUUUCGGAGGUUCCCACAAUACAAAUCUCAUGAUUUUUAUAUUUCUGGUGAAAGCUAUGCAGGGCACUAUGUUCCCCAACUAGCUGAGCUGAUUUUUGAUGCCAAUAAAAAUGUUUCAAAAGAAGAUUACAUAAAUUUCAAGGGUUUCAUGAUUGGCAAUGCAUUAUUGGAUGAUGAUACAGACCAGACCGGAAUGAUCGAAUAUGCUUGGGAUCAUGCCGUGAUUUCUGAUGGAGUUUAUGAUGACAUUAAGCAAAAUUGCAAUUUCAAAGUGGGACGAUCAACAGUGAAAUGCGAUAAGGCCCUUAAUGAAUACUUCUCUGUAUAUGAUAUUAUUGAUAUGUAUAGCUUAUACACUCCUACAUGUGUUUAUGACACAAGCAAAACCACCACAACACAACGGAAGAUCAUCCAUGGCGUUGCUCCAAAACUAUUCUCGAAAUUUGAUCAGUGGAAUAAGAAACCAGCUGGUUAUGACCCAUGUGUGUCUGAAUACUCAGAGGUAUACUUCAAUAGACCAGAUGUCCAAGAAGCUCUACAUGCUAAUGUCACAAAAAAUAUUCCAUAUCCAUGGACUCAUUGCAGCAACUCAAUCAUGGGUUGGAAGGAUGCACCUCCAUCCAUGCUCCCAGUCAUCAGAAAACUUAUCAAUGGAGGCCUUCGUGUAUGGGUUUUCAGUGGAGAUACUGAUGGUAGAAUCCCUGUAACGUCGACGAGAUACACGCUGAGAAAGCUUGGCUUGAAGAUCAAAGAGGAUUGGACUCCAUGGUAUACGUACCAUCAACAGGUCGGUGGUUGGACUACUAUCUACGAUGGGCUGACAUUUGUCACUUUAAGAGGCGCUGGUCAUCAAGUUCCUACCUUUGUACCCAGGAAGGCACUUCAGCUGAUUAAGCAUUUUCUGGCCAAUGAGAUGCUCCCAUCCAAACCAUUUUAGUAAUACAUAAUGAGUUAAUGCCAAUUCUCAUUUAAUUUAGUGUAUUUUAAUUUCAUUUUCAUUUGGAAUA